CAUCCAAGAAUUCAGCAAACACGAUCAGCGAGAAUACGAUGACCAACGGGCUCUGGAAAUUCACACAGCUAAGGAUUUCAUAUUUUCAAUGCUCGGUAAGAAAAGGUUUAACCAAAGCAUAAAAAAACCAAUCGAGUCUUUUGAAUUAGAUGCAGCUUCUACAUAUCGUCAUACAAUGUCCCUUAAUAGAUUAGGGUUUUCUGUUUUAUUUAUCCUUAACUUAAUUUACAUGAUAAGAUACAUGUGUAGUUAAUCUGUCCUCCACCCAAAGUGCAAAGUAACCGUGCGUAGCACGUUUAAUUCCAUGCUUUUUAAUUUUUUAAAAAAAUUAUUUUAUUUUAUCUCUAGACAAAUCACAGAAUCCAUUUUGGUCGUAAGCGAUUUUUUUCUUUGACCCUCUUCCCGGACACAUACGCAAAAUAAAUCUACAGUCGGGGAAUGCUUUCUCUUAAUCCGAUUUUCGAGAGACUCGAAGUGAUUAUUUCCACAUGUUGAAUUCUCUUCUUCACUAUCUUUCUCUGAAUGAAAAAGUCAAGGCUCGACUUAUGUUAUUCGAGACGUUGACAAAGGUCAGUACCAUGGACAGAGAACUCGCAAAGGUAUUAUUUAUAAAAUACUAUUAUCUUGCUAAAUGGAUUAGACGGAUUCAUCUGAUAAUUCGAGUCAUCCGAUUUACUGGAUAAAAAAUUUAAAUAAUAUACAACACUGAGAAGAUGAAAUGCUAUUAAAACACGUUUACUGAGUAAAUGCCGUAUUUGAUUACUUCUUUAAGCGUUGAUCUUUGGCAAGACCUCUGGUUCAGUUUCAUCAGGAUUCUGUUAGACAUGGGUGCGAUUUAUGGUUCUGCCCCGAGCUACCCGACUGAGACUGCUGUCGCUAAUUUGAUUGGAUCGGAGGGUUUACUACACUUGGAGAGCACGAGGGGAGCAGAAUGAAUAAUAAGGCGUCAACAAGGCAAAGGUAUGGUCCAGAAGCUUGACCAGAAGUUGCCAGUCGCUAACGAGUACUUACUUUUGUCGGGUGGAGUUCGGGAUGGCGUGGUGGACAUGGAUCUGGAUGAGCUGGGUGUGUAUAAUCGAGGUAGUGAGUAUGACAUGGCCUUUACCCUGCUGGUUCCUGCACUGAAGCUGCACGACCGCAACCAGCCUGUCACACUGGACAUGCGUCACUCAGCACUGGGACAUUCCUGGCUCAGUCUGCGUCUGUUUGACGAAGGCACCAUCACCCGCUGGAGGGACUGCUGCACACUGGCCGACCACCUCAGCGGCACCACUAACUACUUCUUCUCUCCCACCCUGGUGGCUGACUGGUUCCAGGACGCUGUGGAACUCGUGCUGGCCGAAGUGCAGCGCAAGCCGCAGCGGGGCACACCGAGGGUGGAGAGGGUGGAGCGUCACAGCACCCUGCUCUCCAUGAUCCUGGGUGUGGGUAGCAGUCGCAUGCUCUAUGACAUAGUGCCCGUGGUGUCUUUUAAAGGUUGGCCAGCUGUUGCCCAGAGCUGGCUGAUGGAGAAUCACUUCUGGGAUGGCAAGAUUACGGAGGAGGAGGUGAUCAGUGGCUUCUACCUGCUCCCUGCCUGCUCAGCCUCCGGACAGAGGGAGAAUGAGUGGCGGCUUUCCUUUGCUCGUAGCGAGGUGCAGCUGAAAAAGUGCAUUGCCCCGGGUCUCAUGCAAGCAUAUCAAGCCUGCAAGUCCAUAAUUGUGAAGUCGCUGGGCCAGCCCACAGCCAUGAGCCCUUACCACUUACGCAGUAUCAUGCUCUGGGCCUGUGAUCGCUUGCCGCCGAGCUACCUCGCACAAGAUGAUUUUGCCACCCACUUCUUGCUGGGCCUGAUCGAUGACCUGCAGCACUGCCUCGUCAACAAGACCUGUCCCAACUAUUUCAUCCCACAGUGCAACAUGCUGGAGCACCUGUGUGAUGAGACGGCCAUGUUUCAUGCUCGCAAACUCGCCCUGGUGCGUGCUGAUCCGGUCGAGCACCUACGCUCCGCCAUUGAGCAGGCCAAGGCGGCCAACCGCCUGACACAGGACAUGCAUCAACGCGGCAGCUCCUCUGGCCUGCCCUCGCCGCAGGCAGUCCCCUCCUCCACAGACCACCAGCAGCCUGAUGACCGACUUGCCAAGAAGCUGCAGCAGCUGGUAACCGAGAACCCAGGCAAGUCCAUCUCUGUGUUCAUCAACCCGGAUGACGUGUCCCGGCCACACUUCCGCAUCGAUGACAAGUUCUUCUAAGAAGCAAGGUGUCCCAUGCUGUUUGCCUGAGGUUCAGAUGCUUCUAGGCGCCUGUUGAGGUGUGCUGCACCGCUUUGAAACAGGACCUAUGUGCCCUUAACUACUCACUGCUCAGAGUUACUGAGACUCUGUGUUCCAGCAUGUGGAAUGUCAUCUGGGAGAAACACAGACUGAAAAUGUAGAAACCAAUGUCAUGAAGCCUUUUGGGCAUAGGGAACACUAAGCAAUUUUGGUUAGCUAUGUUUGGAAAUUCAGAAAUGCUGUGCACAGCCCAGUGCAUUAUACAUGAUGACAAUUUUUUUCCCAAUGUGUAAGAAAUGAAUUGCUGCAGUAUCUGGAAAUACAAUAUAAUUCCUAUAUAACAGUGAUUUCAGAUGAACCGGAAGUACACUGUAAACUAGUGAAUACAAGAGUCAGAUGGUUUCCUUCAUAUGCUUUCAUUGUGUCAAAAUUUGUUUUUUGUCUUUGAACAAUGUACAAAAAAGCUCUUACUAUUGUAAAGCAAUGACCUAAUAUGUCAAAGAAAGCCAAAUCCUUUUAUAUCUGGCUAAUGAAUAACACUCAGAUACAAUAUUCUUAAGUGCAAUUAUUGAAAUGUAGAAUUACACCCAGUUACAAUUCUCUUUCAGCUUUGGAAACUUGUCUUGUAUAUGACAAAAACUGGUAUAUUAUCCCCAAAGCACUGCUGCUGUCAGUAAUGAAUGAAUUACAUUUCACUAUUUGAAAAUGCUGCUUAUAGCUAUAUCACUAGCCAUUGUAAACCCAUUAUAAGCCUGCAUAUCAAAACAAUUUUUAACACUUAUCUUGCAAACCAUAACUUGAUUAGUAUGUAGGAAAAAUCACUACAUCAUAUCUUCAAGUGAAAAAUUCACUUCACAAGUAGUGUAUCGCCUGUAAAUAAACAAUUGUGUAUGGCUGUUUUUGAAGUGUUGUUGACAAAACAAUCUUUGCCUUGCACAAUAACAGCUAUGAUGUGCACUUUUCUGCAACACUAAAAUGAUACUUAAUAAGGCAAACCUAAUCCAACUUUUGCUCCUGCUUCACAUAAGGAUAUCAUUACACCAAUGUAAUUGCAUAAUAAUAGCAUUUUGCAACUGCAUCGUACAUGUUAUUUCACUGCUUUGAAUACUCACCAUUAAAUUAUCUGUACAAUAUUCACAAUAUUUACACUUGUCAUCCUUGUAUGGGACCAAAUAUCCAGUAUCUCUACUCCAGUAUCUUUACUAUUGCCUUCUGAGCAUGGACUGUGAAGUUGUUCAUUUGGAGUCAUUAAUUUUUCCUGAACUUCCAUUUUGUGGUUCACUUUAUUUCUCCUCCUAUUAUUUAUUAAUAAGAUAAUUUUGUCCAUAUCACUCAUGUCUUUGCUAUGGAACUAAAAAUUACGAUGUCCUGGCAUGGACAAAACAAAGGUUUUCUGUAGGUUUCCGUGUUCAUUGGUGUAAGAUAAAAAGGUAAUAAACUUGCUUAUCAGAGCAUGUCAUA